CGCCGGCGCGGCCCACGUGACCAGCCCGGGUGCAAACAAGCCCGUCAGCUGACCCGGCCCGACUGCGCCGUCAUCCAGGCUAUAAGCGCGCGACCUCCCGGGCGCUCAGCUCCGACCCGGCCGCCGCCGCCAUGCAGCCCCCCAGCCUGCUGCUGCUCGCCCUCGGCCUGCUGGCGGCGUCCGCCGCCGCGCUGGUCAGAAUCCCACUGCACAAGUUCAAGUCCAUCCGCCGGACCAUGUCGGAGGUGGGGGGCCCCGUGGAAGAUCUGAUCGCCAAGGGCCCCAUUUCGAAAUACGCCCAGGGGAUGCCUGCUGUGACUGGAGGGCCCAUCCCCGAGAUGCUCAAGAACUAUAUGGACGCCCAGUACUAUGGGGAGAUUGGCAUCGGGACCCCCCCACAGUGCUUCACCGUCGUCUUUGACACUGGCUCCUCCAACCUGUGGGUCCCCUCGAUCCACUGCAAGCUGCUGGACAUCGCCUGCUGGAUUCACCACAAGUACAACAGCGGCAAGUCCAGCACGUAUGUGAAGAAUGGCACGUCCUUUGACAUCCACUACGGCUCGGGCAGCCUCUCGGGGUACCUGAGCCAGGACACCGUGUCGGUGCCCUGUAACUCGGCUCUGUCGAGCCUGGGUGGCGUCAAGGUGGAGAGGCAGGUGUUCGGGGAGGCCACCAAGCAGCCGGGCAUCACCUUCAUCGCAGCCAAGUUUGACGGCAUCCUGGGUAUGGCCUACCCCCGCAUCUCCGUCAACAACGUGCUGCCCGUCUUCGAUAACCUGAUGCAGCAGAAGCUGGUGGACAAGAACAUCUUCUCCUUCUACCUGAACAGGGACCCUAACGCGCAGCCGGGGGGUGAGCUGAUGCUGGGCGGCACCGACUCCAAGUACUACAAGGGCUCGCUCGCCUACCUCAACGUCACACGGAAGGCCUACUGGCAGGUCCAUAUGGAGCAGGUGGAUGUGGGCAACAGCCUGACCCUGUGCAAGGGGGGCUGUGAGGCCAUCGUGGACACGGGUACCUCCCUCAUUGUGGGCCCCGUGGAAGAGGUGCGCGAGCUGCAGAAAGCCAUUGGGGCCGUGCCGCUGAUCCAGGGAGAGGUGAGGGGGCCGGGUGGGAGGGGCAGGGGUGCCCAGGCUGAACACUGGCUGUCGCAGGUGUCACAAGGCGGGAAGACCAUCUGCCUGAGCGGCUUCAUGGGCAUGGACAUCCCGCCCCCUGGCGGGCCUCUCUGGAUUCUGGGCGACGUCUUCAUCGGCCGCUACUACACCGUGUUCGACCGUGACCAGAACCGCGUGGGCCUGGCCGAGGCCAGCAAGCUGUAGCGGGCCGCCCUCUGGCAGAGGAAUGAGGGGUGUCUCCGCCGUCCGAGCUGUCCCCACCAUACACACUCACACUCGCACGCUCACACUCGCACGCUCACAGCCUGGCUCCCUGGAGGCCACUGUUUUGUUCUGUGGUUUUUUCCUCCCUGGUUUCAGAGUGCCGCCUGUCUGUCGGUCUGUCUGUCCGAUGGAGGGGCAAGGCCUGGGGGCAACCAGCAGGCUCUUCAGGGCUCAGAGCUCUCACUAACUCAGAAGACGCAGCUCGGCUUUGCCAGCUGGUCAGCUGUGGGUCCCAGGAUCCCCGCCCCCACCCCCUGUAGCUCCUGCCCCAGCCUGUGCCCUGGGGGGCCUGGCUGCCCACACCAGACCUCUGGACUGAGUCCCCGCUCUGCACUAGACUGCUCCCGGUUCUUCCGUCGUCCCCCCCCCCCAGUCCGUUUGUCUGUCCCAGUGAGGAAGGGGUGGGAGGGGACAAAAGCCAGUCUUGUGAGGCCUGUGGGGUCGUCCUGGGGCUUGACCCCAUCCAGGAAGUCAUUGGCUGGGCCCGUGGGCCUGGGGGAGGGGGGCUGGCACCGGCCUUCUGUGUGGCUGCCCCCUCUUGAGCGGCGGGGAGCCAAAGUUGACAUGGAAAUAUAGUUGUUGGGGCCUCUU